AUGCCUGGAAAAUUUUCAUGCAUUGGAGAUCAGAGCAACACACAAGCCUCCACUGACAGGCCAGUGGUGGCUGUGGCUGACGUGCAUUGCCUGGGAAUUGAGCCCAAGUCGCCCACGAGGAAGCCACUAGGAGGGGUGGAAGAAGGCCCUACUGUGUUGAGAAAGGCUGGUCUCCUUGAGAAACUUAAAGAACAAGUUACCAAACAUAUUUUAAUUUUAGAGUAUGAUGUGAAAGAUUAUGGGGACCUGAUCUUUGCUGAUGUCCCUAGUGACAGUCCCUUUCAAACUGUGAAGAAUCCAAGGUCGGUGGGAAAAGCUAACGAGCAGCUGGCUAGUGUGGUGGCAGAAGUCAAGAAGAAUGGGCGAACCAGCUUGGUACUCGGCGGAGAUCACAGUUUAGCGAUUGGAAGCAUCUUUGGCCAUGCCAAAGUCCACCCUGAUCUCUGCGUCAUUUGGGUGGAUGCCCACACCGAUAUCAACACUCCACUCACAACCCCAAGUGGGAACUUGCAUGGACAACCUGUGUCUUUUCUCCUGAAAGAACUAAAGAGCCAGAUUCCUGAUGUACCAGGACUCUCCUGGGUGACUCCCUGCAUAUCUGCUAAAGACAUUGUAUAUAUUGGCCUGAGAGAUGUGGACCCUGGUGAACACUACAUUUUGAAAACCUUGGGUAUUAAAUACUUUUCAAUGAGUGAAGUGGAUAAACUGGGAAUUGGCAAGGUGAUGGAAGAAACACUCAGCUAUCUACUAGGAAGAAAGAAAAGGCCAAUUCAUCUGAGUUUUGAUGUUGAUGGACUGGACCCAUUUUUCACACCAGCUACUGGCACACCAGUCCCAGGAGGUCUGUCUUACAGAGAAGGUCUCCACAUUACAGAGGAAAUUUACAAAACAGGGCUACUCUCAGGAUUAGAUAUAAUGGAAGUGAACCCAUCCCUGGGGAAGACACCAGAAGAAGUUACUCGAACGGUGAACACAGCAGUAGCAAUAACCUUGGCUUGUUUUGGAGUUGCUCGAGAGGGCAAUCAUAAAGAUACUAACUAUCUUAGCUCACCUAAGUAG